AUGGCGAGCAAUCAACAACGACUUUCGAUGCGACCUCGCGCGAUGACCAGAGGCAAAGUCGACGAGAACGCAACCAGCAGACACAUUCGUCAGCCAUCUACAUCAACUGUCAAUGGCGUGGCUCGCAUGUCAAUUAGCGGGGUGAAGGCAGCAGGACAACCAGGUCGCGUCGCGUUGAGCGAAGUUACAACCACCGCCGUCAAUCGUAGGGUAAGCACUUCAACAUUACAACAUAGUGCACGAACUAACAUGGCGUUCCAUCAGGAUUCCUAUAAUAAGCUCGCCGGCAAAGAGAAAGAGGAAACUGGCCUGAAGCGAAGCCGCUCAUCGAACACCAUCACCACCGCCCAACGCGUUCCUCUUCGUAGUCAGGCCUCCACAGCCACCGGGUUGAACACCCGCGGACCCGCCCAGCGUAUACAGCCUCAAAGACCUCAAGUCAGGAACUCGCGUCUCGCUGUACACCAGACGUUCGUGCCACCAUUGGAAGAGGAUGAAGACCAAGAAGACGACUGCGCCAUGGAAGUUGAACAGCAUCUGGAUGUCCAAAAUCGGCAAUCAGCACAUGGACAUCCUCUCGAUGAAGAGCCCGAAGAACAGAUGGUCGAUCUCGACGAGAGCGAGGAUGAAGAAGAGACCGCUCGUGUUCGCAAGCACCCCCGUAUCUGGCCCGACAUGGCAACUGAAGCCCGCAUGCGACAAGAGCAACAAGUCAAGGAGAUAACCGACAAGUUCGUGGACCAAGUUGAUGUAUUUGACACAACAAUGGUAUCUGAGUACGCCGAGGAUAUCUUUGAGUACAUGGGCGAGCUUGAGGAGGAAAUGAUGCCGAACGGGGACUACAUGGCGACUCAGCAUGAACUGAACUGGUCGAUGCGACAGACCUUGGUUGACUGGCUGUUACAAGUGCACCUCCGAUACCAUAUGGUACCGGAGACUCUUUGGAUUGCUAUCAACAUCAUCGACCGAUUCUUGAGCAAGCGAGUGGUGUCUUUGGUUAAGCUCCAACUUGUGGGUGUCACCGCCAUGUUCAUCGCUGCCAAGUACGAGGAGAUCGUCGCACCAUCCGUCGAGGAGUUCGUCUUCAUGACCGAGAACGGCUACUCCAAAGAAGAGAUCCUAAAGGGGGAGCGCAUCAUGCUACAGACGCUAGAUUUCAAGAUCUCCCACUACUGCUCGCCAUACAGCUGGAUGAGGAAAAUCAGCAAAGCGGACGACUACGACAUCCAAACCAGGACACUAAGCAAGUUCUUAACUGAGGUCACUCUCUUGGAUCACCGUUUCUUGAGGGCGAAGCCAAGCUUGGUUGCCGCAGUGGGUAUGUACACUGCAAGGAAGAUGUUGGGAGGAGACUGGAACGAGGGCUUUACCUUUUACUCUGGCUUCACCGAGGAACAGCUACUACCGGGCCACCUCUUGCUCAUCGAUAAGUUGGUCGGGGCGAAUUUUGGGAAGAUGUACGUCCACAAGAAGUACGCCCAUAAGAAAUUCCUCAAGGCAUCUAUCUUCGCGACCGAGUGGGCUCGCGUUCAUGCCGGCGAUGAUCUUAUGGCACUUGAAGAGUAA